GCCUGGAGAGAGUCAAGAGUGUCCUUUGCCAUCUCGUUGUCCAGAUACACUCUCUGCCUUUGGAUCGUCUAUGUGUUGAGGCGAGCUUAAGCUGCUGGUGUAGGCAGCAGUCUAUGUUCUAUGAGCUGAUCUGCUACUGACGAUAGUCCGCCAGCCAGGCAGUCAGCCUUGCCAUCACGCCUACAACUUCCUCGCCUCCGGUGCUUCUCUCUAACUCCAGAUCGAGGUUUGGAGAGCCUGUCCGGAUUUCUUUGUUUCUCGGCUUCAAAACAUCAUCACUAUAUUCCAGAAAUCAUGUUGAGGCCCUUCCAUAUCAGAGACCUCGCUGUCUCUCCCUAUGUCGCGUCCGAAUCCGACACCACCGUGAGCACCGGGGAUCACUCUCAGGGGGAAGAUGGGGAGAUAUCACAGCCUCAGCCUCAUGCCACCGUCCAGAUCUCCUCAUCGGAGUACGACAGGAUUGCUGUCGAUAAUCCCCGCGCGAGACUGAUGUAUGUGGAUAACGACGACGGCGAGUUGAUCACCGUCGGGUCCUCUUUCGAGCUUGAUCAGCGGCUGGAUGAUCCGGUUGAUGUCUCGGUACAGCCGGAGUUGUCGCAGCAAUAUUCAGAUUCUGCUGCUCCUAUGCACAUUUUUGACAUCAGACGCUCAAAUUCCGUCGUGGAGAUAUGGAAGAAGUACGAGACCAAAUCCAGGUCGGAACAGAAGGGGAAGAAGCCCCUGUACAGUGAUGGCGUGGGCCUAUCAUUCGAUGAUGGUAUACAAGGUGCCGAUUCUGCCUUGUCCCAGGAGACCGACCGCGUCGCAGAUGAGGAGUCGGCGCCAUUUUUGGCCGCUUUCGAGGCCGAGUUGGCAAAGAUGAUGGACGCUUCUCCGGACGCUGCUAAAGAGAGCGGUGCGCACAUAGAACCGUCUAGCUCCUCUAGCAGCCAGCCCGCGGACGCAGCAUCCCAACAACCCCGCAACCCGGGCGAUGUUUUUGCUCAAGCUGUGCACAACAUCGUCGAUGGGGCGGAAAUGAUUGGUUCUGAAAUCAGAUCCAGACUUCCUGAGUUGGAGCGCCAGCUGCACAAUGCCCAGAGGACUCUUCCAGAACAAGUUGGUUCAUCGGUUCAACUAGCUCUGACAUCUCUGGAGAGUAAUAUCAGACACCUCAGUGUAGCUCUCCAAAAUGUGCCUGGUUGGGCAGCACAGGCAAGAGCGCAAGGUGCCCAGACGACUAUCCCUGCGGCAGAACGAGUGGUUGAUGGUCUCCAGAUGAUUGCAGGCGAACUCGGCGAGGUGGGACGCACACUGUACACAUCAUUUGAAAGGGAGUUUGGAAACGGCUCUUCCAACCCCCAGUCUUCACCUUCUGAACCUCAGAACCGGCCUGGGCCAGAACACAGCACCCCAGCUCCAGCUGAAACUGCGGCUCGCCAGACUACUGACUCCUCGGCUUCUGCCAGCCGGGAAGAUGAACCCCAAAACUUUAGCCAUUCUUCGGAGCCCGAGGCGACUACUCAAAACGAUGAGCAGGGAUCGGAUGUCCGCAGUCUCAACCAGACACCCCAUUCGAGUGAGACUCUGCCGGCCAGAGCACAGGAAUCACGACGGAAUCCACCUCAUCCUCGCGUUGUACCUCAUCCCUUUUCAAGUCCUUUCCCUCACCACCACUUACACGGCUAUCCAAAUCCACCUGUUCCAUUCAUGUCUAGGCCGUUUCAUCCACGACCAACCCCACCUCUCCACCCGGCCUAUUACCAGCAAAGACCUCCCCAAGGACCGAUGCCAGCACGGCCUGAAAGGAGAGAUCCCCCUCGUCCAUGGCAGCCUGGCCCUCCCAGGCCUGAACGGACCCAUCGUCCUAUGCCCUUCCAUCCCAAUGAGCAGCCUGAUAAUACUGUGCUGUUUAUCGGAAAUGUGGGCUUCGACGUUACUGAAAAAAUGAUUCAAGAUGUUUUUCUUGCUCAAGGGUUUCCGGUUUUUGUCCGUCUGCCACUGGAUUCGGAAACAGGAAGACAUGCAGGGUUUGGCUACGUCCAGUUCACUUCUGUGUCAGCAGCUAGAGCAGGGCAGGAGGCCUUGCAGGGAACUCAUAUCGAUGGACACGCUGUGAAUUUGGAAAUCAGUGACCAUUCCCCGAUCAUAGCUUUGCACCCUCCUCACAAUCAUCAUGUCCAUGAGAGGAACGUGCGUUCAUCCCGUCGUCAGACUGUCAAUCCUUCCUCGCCCGGAGCCACACGUGGCUACUCAAGUCCGAAUAACCGUGCCAACACAACCCAAGGGAGAUCCUUCAGUCUGUUGGAUCAGGAGACUGACGAUCCCAAUGUCGCUACUCGGUACCCUUCACUUCAACCUGAGGCAAGCAGCCGCUCGUCGUCCAGUUCCGAAAAUCUCCUUAAUCUAAGCCCCGAACAGGAAAUGAGCCGGUUUCCGCCAGUCUCUCAGCUAGAAGCACACUUCCUAGCGAAUCAGCGCGAGACUUCUGCGAACAACCGGCCUGCUGAAUCACUUCCCACUUCGGAAACCCAUCUUCAAACACCCACUACUCAGCUGAUGGGUGAGAUUCCUAAUGCAGUGAUCGAGCCUGCUCAUCGGGACCCCCGCAGUCGUCCACUUCGUCGCUCCAAUACUGUCAUGUUCACCGGCCCUAGGACCUGGAUGCCUGAUGCUUCCGGCUCGAACACCAUGGAGCGGCGUCAUGGCUCGAACAUGCCGCUGAGACGUCGUGCCACUGAACGCCAUUCCCUUCGCCAUCAUCCCCAUGGUACACGCGCGCUAGAGGUCUCUAACAACGACACUAGUGGUCAGAACAGACACUCCGCGGCUUUUGCAGUCGGUCCCUUGGAUCCUCCUGGGGGUCCCCAUCCUACUCGCCCAGAGCCUACUCGCCCAGUUGAUGACUGUGUCUCGGCUCUUAUUGAUCUAGGCUAUGUCAGCACCAUGGACGGUGGAGAGCAGCGGGCUGCUGUGUACGCCGCUGCGGCAGAGGGUAAUCUUUUCGAUGCGAUCGGGAUAAUUGAGGAGGAACGUAAGGUAUAUGAACAGGGUGCAGGUGGAAUUGGACAGUAGUCUUUUUCUCUAUGUAACUACGCAGAUCACUCCUUAUCUCCUCUCUUAUUUUGAUUUCAU